AUGAGGGUCGGACUUGUUCUUCUCUUGUGCCUUGCCGUUGGCAGUCAAGCUAAUUUCUUUGACGAUCUCAAGCAAACAUUUCAAAAUAUCGGAACAGCUUUGACAACUACAGUUCAUGCCGUCGGAGAUCAGGCUAAAGUUGUGGGCACCAACCUUCUACAGGCAGCUUCCGAACAAGGAAAACAACUCGCUUCUCAGGCUCUUCAAAGUCUCCUAAUGGGAACCAUGAGCGCUCUCCAGAAACCCCCGACAAACGGUGCUGCCAAGAGAUCGCUCUCAGAAUUUCUUGAACAAAGCAAACAUUUGACGGGUGCUGCCGAAAUGCUCGUACAGCAGAAAAUGGACAAACUGAAAGGAAUCUACAAGGAAGCGAUUGACAAACUUAAAGAUGUCUCCUCUCAACUCACAGACCUUCCAGCUACCGACCUCAUUAAGAAAGUGGACCAGAUCGUUGUCUAUCAUCACCUUGUUACUGACCAAAUUCAAACUGAGCUCGUCUCAGAGCUGACCAAACUUUUUGGACACGCCUUGUCUCUCCAUCCUGAUCAUAAGAGAGGUACGUUUUCCGACGCCCUUAGCUCCAUUGGACAAGGUCUCGCCAAUUUCUUCCAGCCACAUGUCCAGGCUGUCCAACAGUUAGUUAACGGAGUGGGUGAAUCCCUAAAACAGACCGCACAAACAUUCCACACCAGUCUGACCACUGGUCCCCAUGGAACUGCCAUCCAUGACUCUGCUUCCGCCCUGGCUCAGCACGGACAGAACGCCCUCAGUGCCCUCAAGGACGCCGUCUCUGACAUCCUCCAGCAAACCCUGACCAACAUGCAGCCACACAUCGUCAACAUCCUCCAGCACGGAGCCUCAGCUCUCACCGACACCCUCACCCAUAACACCGAAACAUCACCCUAGACAGAUGCUAAACCACAGUAAACCAUCAUCAAAAGCGAUAGUUCAUUGCUUCCAUUAUCAACUUAUAGAAAAAAUCAAUAAACGAAUCAUUAUGAUAUCUACA